AUGCAAAAAGAAAUGAAGAGCUUCAGCUUGCAAAUACUAUCCAGUCGAUGGUUUAUGAUAUUUGCUUCACUUCUGAUCAUGUCUGUCAAUGGCACAAGUUACAUGUUUGGUCUCUACUCCGGUGACAUAAAAAAAUCUUUAGGAUAUGAUCAAACAACCCUCAAUGCUCUAAGCUUCUUCAAAGAUCUUGGUGGCAAUCUUGGAGUCUCGGCAGGUCUUGUUUACGAAAUCAUGCCACCUUGGGUGGUUCUCUCCAUUGGUGCAAUCAUGAACUUCUCUGCAUAUUUCUUGAUAUGGGUAGCAGUCACUGGCCGCAUAACCAAACCCCUUGUCUGGCAAAUGUGUUUGUACAUUUGUCUUGCCACAAAUGCAGCAUCGUAUCCCAAUACUGGAGCUCUCGUUACGUGUGUGAAGAAUUUCCCUGAAAGCCGAGGCAGUGUUAUAGGCCUCUUGAAGGGGCUUAUCGGUCUAAGUGGUGCAAUUAUGACACAAAUCUACCAUGCUUUCUAUGGUAACGAUUCCAAGUCUCUUAUCUUGCUCAUUGCCUGGAUUCCAGCCAUUUUCCCCCUAGUUUUUCUACGAACAAUCCGCAUUAUGAAAGUUGUUCGAGGAGAGAAGGAGCUAAAAGUUUUCUACAACUUUCUUUAUACUGCUUUGGGCCUUGCUGGAUUUAUCAUGUUCAUCAUCAUCAUACAGAAUAAGCUCAAGUUUACUAGAGCCGAGUAUAUAGGAAGUGCUACAUUUGUUCUUGCCUUACUCUUUCUUCCACUUGCUAUCGUCAUAAAAGAAGAGUUCGCUCUCUGGCAAAGCAAGAAGCAGACCAUGAAUGACCAUUAUCAAUUAAAUGUUGUAGCUGAAAAUCCUUCAGCAGUUGUCACUAAACCACUCGGAGCAAAAUUAGAGCCACUUUCUUGCAUUGUGAGCAUUUUCAAUCAACCAGAUAGAGGUGAGGACUAUACCAUACUACAAGCUAUUUUCAGCAUUGACAUGCUAAUUAUCUUAAUUGCAACAACUUGUGGUGUUGGUGGGGCACUAGCAGCUAUUGACAAUUUGGGUCAGAUUGCGGACUCACAAGGCUACAAAACACAUAAUAUAGCUACCUUUAUAUCCCUUAUGAGUGUGUGGAAUUUCCUUGGCCGAGUUCUUUCAAGUUUUGCCUCUGAAAUAGCCUUGACCAAGUACAAGUUCCCUCGUCCCCUAAUACUCACUUUUGUGAUCCUUCUCUCUUGUGUUGGCCAUAUUUUAAUCGCUUUUGGAGUGCAAAAUUCUCUUUACAUCUCUUCAAUCAUUAUUGGAUUCUGCCUUGGAGCACAAUUGCCAUUAGUGUCCGCCAUCAUAUCUGAAAUAUUUGGCCUUAAACAUUUCUCUACUUUGUAUAGUGUUGGAUCUGUUUCUAGCCCAAUUGGGUCUUAUAUUUUCAAUGUGAAAGUGGCUGGUCAUUUAUAUGAUAAAGAGGCCUUGAAACAAAUGGAAGCUUUAGGUCUGAGGAGAGAAGCAGGGAAGGAAUUGAAUUGCUCUGGGGUGCAUUGCUUUAGAAAGGCUUUCGUUAUAGUUACAGCAGCAACAUUUUUUGGGUUUUUAGUUUCAAUUGUUUUAGUGUAUAGGACAAGAAAGUUCUACAAAGGUGACAUUUACAAGAAGUUUAGAGAGGAAGCAGUGGUAAUGGAGGCAGAUGGUGUCAAUAUUCCACCUGGAGAGACAGAAGCCAAAGAGAAAGUGGAUGCUAAUGCUGGUACCUCCACCUCCAUAAUCACGCCCAACCACUAA